AAGACUGUCAAUUUUAACAAAUAUUCUACCGAAUGAAGAUGAAGAUUGCGUAUACGAGAAAUAUAGAACAAUUAUGGAAAUAACGUUACAGAGUGAAGACGAAUAUUGCGAUAUAUCUACAUCAAUCGGUACA